AAUGGGAAGUGUGAAUUCUAAAAUCGAUGAUAGUUGGCGUAUCGAUACAAUACCUUGUGGGCAUUACAGAUGCUCCACUGCAACUGAAAUUUGGCGUAAUCGUAUUUUUUUAUAUGGCCUUACACAUUCCAUUGUUGUAGUUAAAUAUAAAUGUGACUAUUGUGAGAAAGAAUUCUAUAGAUCAUAUGAUUUUACAGUUGAUGGAGUGCGUGUAAGCUUUGGAAGGCCAGAAAAAUCAAAAGUAAUUUAUGAUUGGAAAGUACAUUGCACUGAGGGAUUAACGUUUAGUCAAAUUGAAAAACUUUCUGAAAAUGUUAAAACUACUGUCCGUUUCUUCUUUUCAGCAGAAAAAUAUGAUUUAUUAAAAUAUAAUUGCCAUGAUUGGGCACUCGAUUUUGAGAAGCUUCUACGAUCUCAAAAUAAUUGUUCGGGGAAAUGCCCAGGCUGUAAAAAAUAUAAAUUGGAAUAUUUUCCACUUAAAAUUAAAACUUGGAUGAUUUCUGAUGCUGCAAAAUUAUCUUUUAUACUAUUGAAUGUACAUCUUGGAAAUAAUCAAAGGGAGGAAAAAAAGUAUAAAAACUUUGGAUUUUAG